AUGACCCUGAAGAGUAAUAUUGUACAAGAAGAUUUAAGUGAUGAAAUUACGAAUAAUAUCCAUGAUAUGGUAAAAAGUAAUAUAAAAAUACCAACAGAUUUUUUAAUUAAUGAAAAUUUUGAAAAAUCAAAAAUUUCCAAUAGUCCAUUCUUUACAUCUGUGACGUAUACAUUAAUUAUAACGGAAAUUCUGAUUUUUAUACAAGUAUUAUUAGUAAUGGGUACAAUCCUAGCAAUUGUAUUCGAUAAAAAAUGGAUAUACCUGGGGUUAUACUGUACAAUGUGUGGAUCAUUAGUGCUUAGCUUGAUUUUAGGGUUUGUGGCACUUACAAAUUCCGUUAUUUUUUCAUUUUUAUGUGAAAAUGGGUUAAAGUGCGACUUACACCAACCAAUUCAUACGGCAGUAACCCCAAUCAGUAAUUUAUUGGAUACGCCAGAUAUGAUACUGCGUGAGUCCAUUAAUAGGUCUACUAUUAGGUUACAGAAACAGAUUAAUACGGUUAUAAGUACAAAUACAACAGAAGAUAUAGAAAAUAUUUUAAAUCAAAUCGAUAGAUUAUUUCAGAUAAAACCUGAUUUUAAAAAUUUUAUUAGUAAUAAUCCUAACGGAAAUUUAGUAAAUGAAGAUUCUGUAUAUAAUACAGCAAGUAAAAUCAAAAGUACGUUAAAUUCCAUAAAAUCACAGGAUAAGAAGGUGAGAGAGAAUAAUUGGACGGAUGUAUUUAAGAAAUUAUCAGAGAUAAAUGUAUUACUAACUGAUACAGCACCGAAUAUUAACAAGAGAAGGCGGGAGAGGUUAUCUGAGCUAUCUACUGGUCAUUCAACUGAAGUAUCUUCAUGUACAAGCAAGGAGAAAGCUAUUUGUGAUUUAAAGAAGAGGUUUGAUUCAUUAUUUAUUGGGUUAUUCUUCUUUUCUGUUGUUUUAUCGGUUCUUAUAGCUAUAUAA